GGGGGUUACUUUUCCCCUCCCCUGAACCGAAGUCGUCGCCGGCGCGGUGAGGAUUUCCGGAGAAGAUGGGGAGAAAAAAGAUCCAGAUCCAGCGGAUCACGGACGAGCGCAAUCGGCAGGUGACCUUCACCAAGCGCAAGUUCGGCUUGAUGAAGAAGGCCUACGAGCUAAGCGUCCUGUGCGACUGCGAGAUCGCCCUGAUCAUCUUCAACCACUCCAACAAGCUGUUCCAGUAUGCCAGCACCGACAUGGACAAGGUGCUGCUCAAGUACACCGAGUACAACGAGCCCCACGAGAGCCGGACCAACGCGGACAUCAUCGAGACGUUAAGAAAGAAAGGUUUUAACGGCUGUGACAGCCCGGAGCCCGACGGCGAUGACUCGAUAGACCAGAGCCCCUUGAUGGAGGAUAAAUACCGUAAAGGCAACGAGGAUCUGGAUAUCCUGUUCAAGCGAUACGGUUCCGCAGUGCCCGCUCCGAACUUCGCCAUGCCCGUGACGGUGCCGGUGACCAACCAAAACACCCUGCAGUUCAGCAACCCGGGCAGCUCGCUGGUGACCCAGUCCCUGGUGACCUCCUCGCUGACGGACCCCCGGCUCCUCUCGCCGCAGCAGCCGGCACUGCAGAGAAACACCGUGUCCCCGGGGCUGCCACAGAGGCCGGCCAGCGCAGGGGCGAUGCUCGGGGGAGACCUGAACAACACGAACGGAGCCUGCCCAAGCCCCGUGGGAAACGGCUACGUGAGUGCCAGAGCCUCUCCAGGUCUCCUUCCCGUCUCCAACGGCAGCAGCUUGGGCAAGAUCAUCCCUGCCAAGUCCCCGCCACCGCCCUCCCACAGCACGCAGCUCCCCACCAACAGCCGCAAGCCGGAUUUACGCGUGAUCACCUCGCAGAGCGGGAAGGGGUUGAUGCACCAUUUGAAUACGCAGCGGUUAGGUGUCUCCCAAGCAACUCACUCUUUAACCACGCCGGUUGUUUCUGUGGCUACUCCGAGUUUGCUGACGCAGGGGCUGCCUUUCUCUGCCAUGCCCACGGCGUACAACACAGAUUAUCAGCUGACGAGCGCCGAGUUGUCUUCGCUGCCAGCAUUCAGCUCACCUGGUGGGCUGUCCCUUGGCAACAUCUCUGCCUGGCAGCAGCAGCAGCAGCAACAGCAACAGCAGCAACAACAGCAGCAACCGCAGCAGCCGGCGCAGGCACAGCAACAGCAGCAAACACAAGGGAGUCACUUGUCCCACACCACCACUUUGACUGUCAACACCAACCCCAACAUCAGCAUCAAGUCGGAGCCCGUCUCGCCCAACCGGGAAAGAAACACUGCCACCCCGCUCAGCACCUUCCCCCACCAGCCCCGGCACGAGCCCACCGGCCGCUCGCCCGUCGACAGCCUCAGCAGCAACACCAGCUCCUACGAAGGCAGCAGCGAGCGGGACGAUCCCGCCCGCCCCGAUUUCGGCUCAUCCCUGGGCCUCCUGCGACCCACCAGCGAGCCCGAGGGGGAGAGCCCCUCCGUAAAGCGCAUGCGGUUGGAUACCUGGGUCACAUAACGGGUCCCCGUCGUCCCUGGGAGCGCCGCCGGCUCGCAGCGGGG